CGUCGGGGCUCUGUGAACCCUCCGCCACCGCGGCGUCUUCAGCAAGAGCCGGGACGUACCCGCCUGCCACCGCCCGGGAGCGACUGCUGAGGAGAGCGGGCGGAGACUCCAUUUCCCAGCAUGCUAGGAGGCACUGCGCGGCCCUGCCGGGCGGGGGAACAGGGCGUACGGCGGCCGGGAGGGCGGCGGCCGCGGCGGGAUGGAGUCGGUGGUCUUCAUCUUCUCGCUCAUUGACUGCUGUGCCCUCAUCUUCCUUUCCGUCUACUUCAUAAUUACACUAUCAGAUUUGGAAUGUGACUACAUUAAUGCUAGAUCGUGCUGCUCAAAACUCAAUAAAUGGGUGGUGCCUGAAGUGAUUGGCCAUGCUGUUGUAACAGUAUUAAUGCUUAUUUCAUUGCACUGGUUCAUCUUUCUCCUUAAUUUGCCAGUAGCAACAUGGAAUAUAUAUAGGUACAUUAUGGUGCCAUGUGGAAACAUGGGCGUAUUUGACCCCACAGAGAUCCAUAACCGAGGACAACUGAAAUCACACAUGAAGGAAGCCAUGAUUAAACUAGGCUUUCAUCUGCUGUGUUUCUUCAUGUACCUUUACAGUAUGAUUCUGGCUUUGAUAAAUGAUUGAGAAGUUGAAAAAGAACCGUUAGCUGCCAAAUUGGGUCAUCACUCCAGUGACUGGUUGUGGAGCCACAGACACCUUCUGACCAUACCUAAAUCAGUGUCAUCGUGCAGUAUAUUUUACCUCUUUGGACAAGAAAUAUUUUUUUCUGUAUUUUUAACAUAAAAUAUUUUCAAAAGACA